AUGGCCUUAAGAAUCCAACAGCGGCGGAACGAACUACAGACAAUCGUCGAGAAGAUUGGCGAAAUUGAGAGCGAUGCUGAUGAGCAUCGCUUAGUGAUCAAGACUCUGAAAGAAGUACAUGAGCGGGAGCCAGACCGCACGUGCUUUCGGCUCGUGGGCGGUGUGCUAGUUGAACGAACAGUGAAAGACGUGCUAGGUACACUGCAAACAACGAUGGAUGGUCUGAACAAAGUGUUAGUAGAGCUUGCGAAGCAAUACAAGGCAAGGGAAAGUGAGCUUUUGGAGAUGCAGCGAGAGUUAGAUGCUUGA